GGUGUAUUUCGACAGUUUUAUUUCGAAAGGUAGAUCCCCACGUUCUCCUUGUGUUACAACAAGAUAGUGCACCAUCCCGCCCACAUCUAGAGUCUCAGUCCUCCAUGCAAUCAUGCAUCUGCAGGUAUUAGUAGAUGCAUCGCAACACGGCACAGAAAUUGAAGCUGAGAAACUGCGUUGUUUACUUGCUUAUAUUGACCGCACCUCGCACUGGAUGCCUUUAGCUCUCCCAAAAUACCUCUUCGUUUUUCUAUCUCACUUCACACAAGUAUGGCUGGACCAGAUAUCUUCAUCGACGGAUUGAAGUACCGAGGUUCCACCACUUUCUCAUUGCCACCUGCAGGCGAUGAUUUCCCCAGGAUUGCUGAGAACGACAGCACACCAUUGGACCAGCUGCUAAGAGAAUGGAAGAUCGAAGAUCCUAAACCAGGAUUCUGGUCGUGGGAACGGCUGCUCUAUAUUCUAUCUCGAAACCGGAUUCAGACUGAGCUGAGGAAGUACACUCAGCUGGAGAAUGCUGAGAGCUGCGUGGAACAUAUCCGACCGGACGACGAAGUGGAUUCGGAGCCUCUUGAAGCCAAAACAUAUCUCCGAAUCUUCGCACUGUUGGUCUUGACCAAAAAAGGCGACCAAAUUGGCAACUUUAUAAGAGAAGAAGUUUCUGAUGAAAAGCUCCCUGUUUGCCGGCAUCAGGGCUCACGAAAAGGAGAACAUAUUCUUUGCUCCAAGAAGGAUCCCCAUCAACCUCUCAAAGUCUUUGAGGAAUGGCAUCCCCACGAAAGGGCGUGGUUUGAGCAAACUCAGUGGGAGACUCUCGUACCCUACUUCGACCUCGACCCAAGCAACAAAGCAAGGCAUUACGAUUUGGAUGACAGUGCGAUCUUGCCGUGGCGAAAGGGGAAUUUACGCUCACUCAUAUCCCCAGAGCCGGGGCGCUCAUCGUGGUCUUCGGUGCACGAAGGGGGGUUCGCAGAUGUGUCCUGUAUCAGAAUUGACUCUUCAAGUCAUGGAUUUAGCGAAGUCCUCAAGGAUGUUAUUCGCCUGAACGACAGUCGUUUUGCCUUGAAGAAGCUUCAUGAUAAGGACUACAACGACGAAGCAAAGUUCCGAAAAGAAUCCGAACAAUUGCAACGGUUCAGCGGGUUGGUCAAUAAUCACCUUGUCACGUUGUUGGCAACCUUGAAGUAUCAAAAUCGCUUCUACUUCCUAUUUCCAUAUGCGGAAUUUGACCUUGACGCAUAUUGGGAACGCAAAGAGCGAAACCCUAAGAUGGACACUACCUCAGUUCGAUGGGUUGCUAAGCAGUGCUCGGGGAUCAUGGCUGGAAUAGAUGCUAUCCAUGAGCCACAAUCUGUGAGCCUGCAUGGUUUGGUUGAGAAGAAGUAUGGAAGGCAUGGCGAUAUCAAGCCAGACAACAUCCUUUGGUUCGACACCUGUAGCGAUCCAAGAGGAAUUCUGGUCAUAUCUGAUAUGGGGUUGUCCGCUUUGAAUCGUGAAACCAGUCGGUCGGGCCUUGCGAGGUACAACGUCCCUAGAGUUCCUGGCUACAGUCCGCCGGAAUGCGAUGUUAAGGGUGGUAAAAUCUCUCGAGCCUAUGAUAUAUGGACCCUCGGUUGUCUAUUCCUGGAACUGCUGACAUGGCUUCUCGGAGGGUCGGACCUCAGGGACCAGUUCGAGGAGAAGCGAACGACUGUGUAUAGCAUCACAGGCUCAAGAAACAAUAUUUUCUUUGUUCUAAAAAAACACCCUGAGCAGCCUGACGUUCUUGUUGCUCAAGUGAAGGAUGAAGUAUCGCAGUGGAUUCACGAUAUGCAUAACGACAAGAGAUGCUCACAAUUUAUUCAUGAUGCUCUUGAUAUUAUCGAAGCCGAGAUGCUUGUUGUCCUAUCUCAGGAGCGAAAGAGGUCCGAGUCUGGGCCGCUAAAGAAAAAGUUUGGAGACUUGCUAUCGAAGUGCAUGAAUGACAGCGAUUUGGAAUACUGUACGAAAGGUGCUCCUCAACGAAGACUCUUGAGAUAUGGGACUGGUGUCGAUAUCAUUCCCAGCGAGGCUGCCGAAACUGAAAUCAGAGAUAAAAAGCCGAAUAUUCAAACGUACCAGGGGUCAGCGACUCGGAAGUCGAUACGACCAGACCAGUUCGAUAGGCUGGACAAGUUUCAAGGUUGACUGAAUUAUGAGCUAUGUCGCUUGAUUUUGAGCGAACUGUGGGAAGUUUCGGGUUGUCAUGGUGUUCCAAAAAAGACAUCCUUUCUCACACUGCAAAGUAAUUUGGUAGGUAGUGGACGUUCAGCGAAUUCCCUUUCUGGGUUUGUAUCUAGUGGCAAUGAUGGGGCAGUCCUUUUGUAGUAAAUGAAUUCCUUCUCUUAGUGCUUUCUGGUUGGUGUCCUUGCGGGAACAUUCUUGGUACAUUUCCCAAAUGCCUGGGCUCCCCUUGACUCUCUUGCCAAGCAUCAAUGAUGUCCCAUCAUCUGCAUCGACAACUACGUGAAAAUCGCGAAGACGACAUUCCUUAUCAUUACUCGUAGUGUUCAAUUGCCUCAUGGAGCUUCUGGCUUUCCUCCUUCACCAGC